GGUCCGCUAGGGUGGCUUGGAGCUGAAACCCCCGCUUGUCUCCAAAACCCCGCAGAGCCUCUCCAGUCACCGGCGCUUGGCCUUUAUUUCAGUCAGAAAGUCGCCUCCUUGGGCCAGUUCGUCCCAGAGGGUUUCCUCGAAAGUCUCUGAGAGGGAGCCGUUGUUGACCCAGGGAAUCUCUGUUUAGCCCCGGAAGCCACCCGCUGAAAAAAAAGAUGCCUGCCUUCAACAGAUUGUUUCCCCUGGCUUCCCUUCUGCUCAUCUUGUGGGUCGGCGUCUGCUUCCCCGUGUGUGUGGAAGUGCCCUCGGAGACCGAGGCGGUUCAGGGCAACCCCAUGAAGCUGCGCUGCAUCUCCUGCAUGAAGAGGGAGGAGGUGGAGGCCACCACGGUGGUGGAAUGGUUCUACAGGCCCGAGGGCGGUAAAGAUUUCCUUAUCUACGAGUAUCGGAACGGCCACCAGGAGGUGGAGAGCCCCUUCCAGGGGCGUCUGCAGUGGAACGGGAGCAAAGACUUGCAGGACGUGUCCAUCACUGUGCUCAACGUCACCCUGAAUGACUCUGGCCUCUACACCUGCAACGUGUCCCGGGAGUUUGAGUUCGAGGCACAUCGCCCCUUCGUGAAGACUACUCGGCUGAUCCCCCUUCGUGUUACCGAGGAGGCUGGAGAGGACUUCACCUCUGUGGUCUCAGAAAUCAUGAUGUACAUCCUCCUGGUCUUCCUCACCCUGUGGCUGCUCAUUGAGAUGAUAUAUUGCUACAGGAAGGUCUCGAAGGCCGAAGAGGCAGCCCAAGAAAAUGCGUCUGACUACCUGGCCAUCCCGUCGGAGAACAAAGAGAACUCUGCAGUCCCAGUGGAGGAAUAAAAGGGGUCAACUUGAGGUGUUAGGAGAGCAGAUGAACACUGCAGAAAUCUUGGUGAAUAUCUCGUUUCACUUUGAAUGACUGGUUACGUGUGAUGUCCUUAGCACUCUGUGAUGGGAGGGGGAAGGAUGCUUUGGGAUGGGUGGUGAGAUGAAAUGACUUGGAUCUGAUGAACAACAUACCCCCAGAUCAGAGGGAACUUCUGGGGGGAAGAUCCUGCUCCCUUGGCCUUGGGUCUCACCUGAGAAACUCAGUUCAUCUCUGCCAUCCCAGGGAAGAGUGCCUGAAAUAAGUCUUUGUUCACAUAUUUGAGUAUUGGAUUUUAUUGAAGAAAACACGUUCCAUAAAUUCAAGGCCCUUCUCAUUGGUAAUUUCCCACACAAUCCCUCUGAAAUAGGAGACAGAAUAUAGAUUUUCCUUACUCUAUAGCGAGGAAAAUAGGCCUGGAUUACUGUGAGGUUUUCUAGACAUGUGGCUGGUGCAUAGAAGUUCCUUUUGACCAUGCAUCUAACCUGUGAGCUAGAGUGCACGUUUGCCUUUUUUUCCUUUUCAAAAGCCCAACUCAGCUAUUCCCUGAGUGAAUUUUAAUGAAGUUGAAUGGUACCUCUUUUUUUCUUAUUUAUCCUUGCAAGUAAUCUUCUCCUAAUUUCUCAGCUCUUCUCAUCUUUAAUGCUUUAUUAGGUUAUAUGAUUUACCCAGCAUUUUAAUUUCAGUUAUCUUAUUUCUCCUCCAUAACUAGCUCUGUGAGGUGGAUACUGCAAGUACAUUAACAAAUGAAGGAAUGGGCUGCCUGAGGCUGACAAGCUUUACCAAACCAUAAGUUCAUACAGGUGGUAAUGAACUAGAACCUGGAGAAUGAAUGAACCUGGAGACCUAGAAUCCAGGUCUUCUGAGCUCCCUGCCCAACCCUCUUUCCACAGAGACCACAGCUGCGUCCUUUCCUCUCAUUUCUUUACCUCCACCUAAUCUUUGUCUCCUGCACAUCCUAAGAUAUUAAACAUCUCUCAUCCCUAGUUCCACUCAAGCACUCCUCUACCACUUGGCUUCUUGAGCCAUGCUAGAAACAUGUUUUCACAGGCUAUCUCAUUUUGCUUUUCCCCUUUUUGUUGGAUUGUACCCCAUUAUUUCUUCUGAGUUGCAAUUAAACUCCUUCCUGGGAGACUUGAUCAUGACUAUAUAUCCACAAGAUACUGUGAUCACCAGCCUACUUCAAAUCCUCACCCACUUCCUGUUUCACCACAUAUCCCUACAAAAGACUCAGAUAAAUGUGCACUGCUCUGGAAGUUUUACCCGGCAUGCUAUUCUUAUUAAAGGGCUUAGAAAUGUUCUCAAGGGCUAUCGUCACUCUAGGAACCCCAUCUGUUGUAUUGGUGCUGGAUAUUUCCCAUGACUAAUCCUUAAUACAGUUCACUCAUGGCCAGUUAGACUUGGUGUGGUUUUCCCUUUCCUUAACAGCCAGUGAACUUCACUGCUCAACUCGGUUGGCCCUGUAAGCACCUUGCCCUACUGACUUUUACCAACAGCUCAGCCUUGCCUCACAGCCCCAGCUCCUGUGUGGAAAGAACCUUGAAGGUCUGUUCCGUAUCAGCCUUUAUUUUCAGUCCAUUUAAAAGCAUUAUCCUUCAGUGUCACCACCUCUCCAAACACACACACACCCAGAUUUCUGAUUCUCUGAGUUUCUGGUUUCUCCUUAGAGGCCAAACUAGAAAUGUUAGUUGGAAUUUUUCAAAGCAGGAAUAGGCUGGAAAUGUUAUCAAGCUAAGAAUGGUUAACAGAAGAGAUAGCUCCUUUUCUUCCCCCCAAAUUACUACAUCAAAAAGGAAAAUACACCCAUCUCGGAAUGUGACAAAAAUCAGAGUGGAAAGAUCAUAUAACUAUAUCUUGGCAGGAAGAAGCAAGGAGCUAGGUACGUUUCAGAAUAUAUCUUGGUUCCCCUUCCUUUGGGGACCUUGGGCUUCCCUGGUAGCUCAGAUGGUGAAGAAUCUGCCUAGGGUAGCUCAGAUGGUGAAGAAUCUGCCUGCAGUGCAGGAGACCACAGUUCAAUCCCUGGGUUGGGAAGAUCCCCUGGACAACAGAAUGGGAACCCACUCCAGUAUUCUUGCCUAGAGAAUUCCAUUGACAGACCAUGGGGGUCGCAGAGUCAGACAUGACUGAGCGACUAACACACCCCUUCCCAAGUUAAGUGGAAAGGAAAAAUAAACAAGCACCGUCUUUGCCCCUCCUUUUGUAAAUGAAAAACCCCUAACCCUGUGAAUCCUCCUAGUUACCUCAAACAUAUCCAGAUAGUAUAGUACCUGGGGCAUCAUUAUGCCCAUCAUCCAUUCAUUCUGCAUUUCAGCACCCACUCUGCAUCGAGUAUCAAGAGAGCCCCUGAGUGUGCCCUGUGCUCUUUUUUUUUUUUAAAUCAUCACUCAGGCCUUUCCCAAUCUCUAAAAGUCCACCGUGGUAGAUGAUUCAUGUCUAGCUGCCCCUCCCUUUCCUUGAGUCUGCGGUAGGACCCAGUAGAUGAGCACUUGAAGCAAGUCUGAAUUGUAGAUCAGACUUAACCCCUAUCAUAGCCCAGCUAAGCCUCAAAGCUGCUACUAUUCUUUUCUCCCCUGUUUGCAAGAGAUGCGGCUGACGGGCAGUGUGUGUGACAGGGAGGGAGGCACUGAAGGAUGAGUGCUUGUAGGUGUGUGAAGCAGCAUCUAACACCAUCAGCAAACUUGUGCAGCCGUGGACCUGAUGGAACUUGUUACCACGUUAUCAGCUUUGCGUGGCUUUUUCUUCAUUUUCCAUAGCCAAUCUCUCCCUGAACUCUAUAGAGAUGUUCUUCCUGACCACUCAAGAU